AAAAAAAAAGUGAAGGUCCCAUCGAGUCUGAUGAAAGAAAAAAAAAAAGGUCCCAUCGAUGCACCCAACUUCAUCCGAUCAAUCCUAUGGACUCAAUUUUUUCAAAGUCACAUACUCGAUUCCUAUUAGUGGUGGACCCCACUAAGUGAGUCCCACCACCCUCCCCACCUGCCCCGAAACCACACUCAGCAGAAAAAAACCAUUCCGGGGUUGGUGAAAACCACUUUCUGUCUCCUCCUCUCUCCUCCAACUAUAAAGAAAACACCACUUCACAAAAACGCGUCAGAACCACUUCAUACCUAAAAACUACCCCACCCACAAACACCAUAAAAAAUGCCUUCCGAACAACCCCCGCCGCACUCCGCCACUGUGCCACCAAACUUCUGGGGCGACAUGCCGGAAGAAGAGUACUACACCUCCCAAGGCCUCCGCAAUGCCCAGUCCUACUUCGAAACUCCAAAUGGCAAAAUCUUUACCCAAUCCUUCAUACCCAUUGACCUUCCCAUCAAGGCCACGGUUUACAUGACUCACGGCUAUGGCUCAGACUCAGGGUGGCUCUUCCAGAAGAUAUGCAUAAACUUCGCCACCUGGGGCUACGCCGUCUUCGCCGCAGACCUCCUCGGCCACGGCCGCUCCGAUGGACUCCGUGGCUAUUUGGGAGAUAUGGAGAAGAUUGCUGCGACGUCGUUGUCGUUCUUUGUGAGUGUGAGGGAGAGUGAAACUUAUAAGCAUCUUCCUGCUUUUCUGUUUGGGGAGUCCAUGGGUGGGCUUGCUACGAUUCUCAUGUACUUCCAAUCGAAGCCAGAGACAUGGACUGGUGUGAUGUUCUCUGCUCCACUCUUCGUCAUGCCCGAGAACAUGAAGCCAUCCAAGGUGCGGCUGUUCAUGUAUGGACUUUUGUUCGGAAUGGCGGACACAUGGGCAUCGCUGCCGGACAAUAGAAUGGUGGGCAAGGCAAUCAAAGACCCGGAGAAACUGAAGAUCAUCGCCGGCAAUCCGAGGAGAUAUACAGGGAAGCCAAGGGUCGGGACAAUGAGGGAGCUAGCUAGAAUGUGUGAGUUCGUGCAGAACAAUUUCCACAAGGUGACCGUGCCCUUUUUUGUCGCGCACGGGACCUCCGACGGAAUCACUUGCCCGUCAGGAUCGAAGAUGUUGUAUGAGAAAGCAAGCUGUGAGGACAAGACAUUGAAGCUGUAUGAAGGAAUGUACCAUUCUCUUGUACAGGGUGAGCCUGAUGAGAAUGCCAAUUUGGUGUUGGGAGACAUGAGGGCUUGGAUUGAUGAGAAGGUUGAGAGGUAUGGUCCAAAGUGUAACGGUAGCUAAGCUUUGAAUUGAGCCCUCUAUGUAUGUGUGUGGAGGGGUGGGCUAUGGGAAGGUGGUGAAGAAAUGGGCACAAAAUGUAAUAUUCUGAAUUAUUAUUGUUUUAUAUAUAUUUUGAUUAAUUAAAAGAACAUUUACAUAAUUUGUCAGAAUGAGCACGUUAUGCUCCUUGUAUGUUCUGCCCUUACCCUGAUACUUCAAUCCUCGUAUGCGUGUAACUAUUGCACAAGUAUUGUUAUGAAAGCCAAGAGAUUUGUUUAUUUAAAGAUUUAUUCGUAGACCAAUUAUUAACUUUAGCUGCGCUUGA